CAUCCUUUGUUCCACUUCGUUUCGAACCGUCUUGGCCAGUGGCCAUCCUUGGUCUCCACCGCCGACGAUGCUACCCUAGAGGGCGUGCACCAUUUACACCUAGCAGUCAACGCAAGCCAUCUCGCUGCACACACGCUGGACUGCCAGCGAUGCUAUUCGACAAUGGCAGCGGCGCCUCGUCGUCGUCAUCGUCGUCCGGCUAUCUCAUUGACGCACCUUCCUCAUCCACGGCUGCUGGACCUUCGGCAACGAGUAGUGGCAGGAAUGCUGAAGCGAUACGACGAAACCAGCAUCAGCCCAUGCUCCUCAACGUGUCGGAUGAUGUCCUCGCAUCACUCCUUGCCUCGCAGGACAGCGGCGAGGGGCUCGCCAUCGAGUGGAAACCGCUUCCAACCGCGGGAACCUCGGGACCUGACCCACACCCGUCCCUCAUCAUGGGCAAGGAUACUCUGCCACUCGUCGCAAAGCCCUCGGACCCUGGCUGCCCGCAAGCCCUCUAUCGCCUGCCCGCCAACCGAGCUUCACCAUCCCAUCUGGAGUACAUCGACCCAAUCUCAUACCGCCUCUCCGUCCGUCCAACCACCUCCGCCACGAACGCAGUCGCCUCUACAGCUUCUUCCUCUUCAGCUUCAGCCUCGACAUCCAACCACGAAGCAGCAGCGGCCCGAUUGAAGGAGAUGCGCGAAGAGGAAAGACAAAGGAAGGCCAGCAGUCGCGCAGUCAUGAUUGAACAGGAAGAGUUUGAUAAGCGCGGACGACUUACAAGUGCUAGCGGCUCCGGAGGAGCAAAGAGGCCGGGACCCAGUGGGACAAGCAGCGCAAGUCGCACCUCAUCGCCAAGUGGAGCGACUCACUUGCCACGAAAUGCGGCCCUUUCUCGUACUAACUCGAGCUUGUCGCUGCACAGGGAUAUCAAAGGCACAGCCUCCCCCGAACUGAGGGGUAGAAGCUCUUCGCCUGCCGUCACCCCAGGGCCAAGCAGCGCUGCUGUAGCUGCUGCCUCGUCAUCGACGAGCAAAGGUCCCUCAUUACGCCAAAAGAUCCUCUGCGUCCUUGCUUCAGGACCCAAGUCGAGACGAAAAAUCGUCGCAUCCGUAGCUGCAAGCUCUGAGCCGCCUAUCCUUAGACUGCUGGGUGCUCUAGCCUACGUCAUGCCAGAGGACAACGGCAAAGCAUCGAGCAGUGACGCGACCCCUUCGCCGGUUAAGCGCUUCUCUGGCCCUGUCAAUCGACGCAGUGGUGGCCCUGCGCCACCUGUCUCCUCCUCCAGCUCCAGCUCCUCUUCAACGCCAAGCUCCAUCUUCUCCCUUCGUGACGAGUCGUACCGCGAAGUCGCUCGCGCCGUAGGGGAGGGGCAGUGGUGGCCACCCGUGGCUGACUUGCCGCUGGCAGAGAAGGCAAAGGUGUACAAAGCCACGAGCGAAGCACUCGAGAGGCUAGGUCAUGGGGAUAAGGAUGAGGAGUGGAGGGCAAUCAGCGAGUGGGAAGGCAGUGUGAGGGAGUGGGAAAGGGAGGAGGAGCUGGCAAUGAGGAGGGAGAGAGAAGCGGCGCAAGAGGGUCAGAAGGCUGGCGAGCAAGUAACUGCCGGUGCGGCCCCGCAUGCUGAGGAGGCCGAAGGAAGUGCAGACGAAAGCCGAGCCCCACAUGAUGACGACGUCAGCGAGAUAGACGAUACGAUCGACUCGGAAGGCCCCGAUCAACGUUCCUCGUCCACCUCUCCCGCCAAGCGCAAACAAGCCACAACCCGUGACAGGCUCCGUCGCGCCGUGAAAGGUCGGGGACCAAAGGGCGCCGAAUUGAAGAAAGAGCAGGAAAAGGCUAGGAGGAGGCGGGAGAAGCAGGAGGGCGAAGAGAUGAGCAAGACUCCUUCUAACUCGACGACAGGGUCCGGUACUGGGAAGGGAACGGGUAGUGGUUCCGGAACAGGGUCAGGGUCAGCUUCGUCAGCUUCGUCCACUGCUCCGUCACCAGAGAAAAGCCAGAAGGUUACGGCAAGCAAGGAGAAGCAACAGCCUGCUGCAUCUGAGCCCGGACCUGCCAGCGGGAGUGUCGCCACGAAGAAGCGCAAGGUCGAUGAUGGCAAGAGCCUUGAUACCAGCACGUCCGCACCAUCAAGCAAGGCUCCGCAGCCAUCUUCCCCUUCCUCGAGCCUCCCAAGCACCACUCGUCAGACACGUCGCUCCUCUCAGUCACAAUUGCAAGCCAACACCACCACAACCCCUCGCCAGCAUCAACCCAUCCGUACCCCUCGCGACUUCGAGCACCUCUCCUCUCGCCUCCAUUCGCUCCACUCAGAGUGGGAAGCAGAGCGACGUCUUCUCCGCGCACAACGCGAGUCUCUAUUGGCAGACGCUGAGCAUCGCAAUCGGGAGAGGAGUCGAAAGAGGGGAAGGAGGGAUGAAGGUGAUGAGGAUGAGGAAGGAGAAGUGGGAGCAGGUGAGGGCCAGUGGAACUGGUCAGAGCUGCAGCGUCGCGUUUCUGAGCAGCACCAGCGCGAGAAGGAGAUCGUUAGAGUCAGGGACACGCUGAGGGAUUGGGUGGAGAGGAACGGAGGAGAAGCGUUCGAGGAAGGGAGUCAUGAGGGGAGGAGAACUAAGGAGGGGGAGGGAAGAGGAGCGUCGAUCAAGGGUGUGAGAGCGACCGCAUAGAGAGUUCGAAGUCAUGCGCCCAUCAGCCAGCAUACACCUCUUGCAAUGUCACUAGAAUGCUUGCACUCCUUCGACAUGACCACUGCGCCUCAUGAGCGCGCCUGUAGAGGUCGCGCGCAAC